UUUCGUGUUUCGUGAAAAAAAUUUUCGUUCCUAUUUUUCUAAAUUGUGCUAAAAGUGUAAAGUGAAGUGUAUUUUCGUUGAAAUUAUAUUAAAUUUCUCUAUAACGAGAAUUUAUAAGUGCUAAUCUUAUACUUGUGUAUUGGCAAAGUGAAGAAAUUGCACAUACAAAUGGAAUUACACUGAAUUGUAUUCGGGGAAGUUGUGACGACUUUGUUCAUGAUUAUUCUCCUCACACACACACACUCUCCCUUCCCUGUUAAUGGUAAUUGCAUUUUAGCCAAAACUCCUUAGCCUCUGCCCCUAGUUUUGAAAUGAAAGUUUAAGAAUAUCUGGAUUUGCUCUGGUUGACUCUGUUCCCAGUAGCGUUGCGUUUAAUAAUAUACAUAUACGCUUACGUUUUCACGUUCGCAGUUAGUUUGUCCAUCUGCUAAAUACCUAUUCUAUAGCAGUCGGGAGAUUCAAUUUUUUUAUCAAAAUGAGUAGUGGCGGUGCUUCAGCUGGGCCUGGGCCUUCUGAUAAGGACAAGGAUUCACAUUGGUACUUCAGCGCUGAACAGCUAUCGAACUCACCAAGUCGACGACAAGGAAUCGAUCCAGAUGCCGAACUCUCAUAUCGCCAAAUGACUGCAUAUCUUAUUCAAGAAAUGGGACAGCGUCUGCAGGUCUCACAGCUUUGCAUAAAUACUGCCAUUGUGUAUAUGCAUCGUUUCUAUGCCUUCCAUUCCUUCACCCAUUUCCAUCGCAAUAACAUUGCGGCUGCGAGUUUAUUCUUAGCUGCUAAGGUCGAAGAGCAGCCUCGAAAGCUUGAACAUGUUAUAAAGGCUGCUAACAAGUGCCUUGGUCAGUCAACAUCCUCCACUGCAGACGCGUAUUACAUAGAACAAGCGCAAGAGCUGGUAUUUAAUGAAAAUGUACUGCUACAAACUCUUGGGUUUGAUGUUGCUAUUGACCAUCCCCACACUCACGUGGUAAAAACUUGUCAUUUGGUUAAAGCCUGCAAGGACCUAGCACAGACUUCUUAUUUUCUGGCUUCUAAUAGCCUUCAUCUGACAUCUAUGUGCCUACAAUACAAACCGACUGUAGUUGCUUGUUUCUGUAUCUACUUGGCUUGUAAGUGGUCACGAUGGGAGAUUCCACAAUCAACGGAAGGCAAACAUUGGUUCCAUUAUGUAGAUAAAACUGUUACUAUGGAUCUUCUAAAGCAAUUGACGGAAGAGUUUAUAGCAAUUUACGAAAAGAGUCCAUCGCGUCUCAAAUCCAAAUUGAACUCAAUAAAAGCUCUCGCUCAAAAUGCAAGCAACCGCGUAAUCAAUAAGGAAAAGAAGGGUGCAGCCGAAGAGUGGAAAAUGGGGGAUAUGAUGAAAAUGUAUGCACACGAUGGUAGUGGCGGUAGCAAUAGUAGUAACAGUAAUCAGCCUUAUGCUACGACCUCUUUAAGCGGUGAUUCCUCUCAGCAAUCCUCCGCAUUGUUGCCACCACCACCACCACAGCCGCAAUUAUCGCGAAAAGGCGAUUUGCAUUCCAGCCAACACCGUUCCCAUCACAAUUCGACGUCUCAUCAUUCGAAGAUUAAUUUCCCCCCUACGGAUGUUCUUGACCAUAAAAGCAGUCACAAACAACCGCCGUUUAGUGGAGUUGUUAACCGCCCACGUGAUCACUCGCAAUCGUCUCAAGGUCAUCAACAAGCAAUGGUUCCAGGCAAUUCGUCACGAUCCGGUCUUCCAUCAUCCAGCGGACGAUCUCUGAGCAGUAUACCUGGCCAAAGUGUGCCACGACAGACUUUACAAGGUCAUCAAUUAGAUGUGAACUAUCAUAAAUCUCGCGAUAAGAGUAACAUUGUGGGUUCAUAUCCACAUAAUGCGUCAUCGCAAUCGCAUGCUGGGCAUAAGGUGUCGCAAAAACAAGACCCAAAUCGAGUGAUACAGAAGGAGCAGGCUGCUGGCAAAAUGCCCGAACCUGGAAAAAGCGCCAGUAAUAGUAGUAGUAGUAGUAGUAAUAAACUAUUCCCACCUACUUCCUCAAUGGCGACCAUGCCACAAUAUGGUAGCAACCCAACACAGUUGCAAAGCAAAUUGGAUAUGGGUCAAGAUAUGUCACGUAAUAUAAUGCAUGGUCAACGUUCUUAUGGGGUUAACAAUGGGUCUGGUAAUGUGCCGAUAUUGGGUAGUUAUCAGCCACCGCACGUACGGCAGAGUAGUAAUAGCGCUAGUAACAAUGGAAAACACGAUUUAUCGAAACCCGCAUCCGUCCACCUUCAACAGCAUAGCAAACAGCCAACUAUUCCAACAGAUUCAAUGUACAAUGCUGGCACGCAUGUAGAUCAGCAAACAGCUGCACAUGUACAAUCACAUUCGAAUGCUGGUUAUAUGAUUCCGCGGCCGCCAGAGGGUUCACACAACGAAGAGGCCAAUUCCACACAGUUACCGUCAGUGCAUGCGAUGCUGCAACAGCCAAUGAACGCUAACCAAACAAAGACCUCCCUGUUUAGCCCCGACUGGAGUCAACAACAGCAACAAACACAGUUAAUGUCUUCAAAUACUUAUGUUAAUAAUAAUAUGUCAACAGCCGCUGUGGGCGAUGCAUAUAAUUAUAAAAUGCCAUCUAGCAAGGAGGGAGGAGAGCGAGAGAAAAACGAUCGCGAUCGUAUGGACGCUAAUGCGACAGCACCUAAGAAAGACCGUAACCGGGGGGCACAUCCUGGAAUGGAUAUUACGAGUUCAAUGCUUAUGGGUGUACGACCAAAUACUUCGCAGACACAGUUUCAACAACAGUUACAACAGCAGCAACAACAACAACCAUCUUUAAAAAUAAGCAUGCCAAAGAAAACAGACUCAAGCAGUAUCGGUGAACUUACUGGUAUGAAUGCCGGUAUCAAACGUCCCAAUGAAGGUGCCUACAAACAAGAGGAGGAACAAAAUAAAAUUCGGAAACUUGAUACUCAACCUACAUUGUCUUCGUAUAAUGAAUCCAAAACAGGCGAAAGUAACAAGCUGCAUGUGGUAAAUGGAAUAGAAACUAAUCCUGACAUGGUGAGGAGUUUGUUAAAAGAAAGUCUCUGCCCUUCCAAUGCUCUCUUGAAAACGGAACAAUUGGGAGCACUUAGUCUGCAACCACCAGCUGAACUUUUCGAACCAUCCAUAGUGGCCUCGGCUCCGGAUGUGACCGUUGCAUCGGCUGAGACGUCGCUAAAAUCGACAAGCCAAAGUAGUGGAACUGAGCCAUCAUCUAUGGAAAUUAAUGAUGCCGGCAGUAAUAAAGCAGAAAAGAAAAAGAAAAAAGACAAGCAUAGACAUAAAGAGAAGGAUAAGUCGAAAGAUCGCGAAGAGCGAAAAAAGCAUAAAAAAGAUAAAGACAAGCACAAGGAACGUGAUCGGAGCGAAUUAGAAAGUGCCGGGCAUGUAAAGAUUAAAAUAUCGAAAGAUAAAAUUGAAGGAACUGCCGAAUGUUUAAAAAUCAAAAUACCAAAAGAACGUAUAAUAAAUGAUGUAAACAACAGUACGAGCAGUGCUAACAAUAGCUCCACAGAUAGCGGUAGCAAUAUACAUCCGGCACCAGCGUUAAAGAUUAAAAUCAGCAAAGAUAAAUUGGAAAACUAUGCGACAGACUCCUCGACACACACAUCUUUACAACAAGCGCAGGCGCUGACACAAACGGCAGCUGGCUUCUAUUCGUCCUUCGUAACACCCAAUAAUGCAACGACAACCACGUCACAUAGUAGUAGUGGUGGUAGCAGUAGUAGUGGGAAAAAGAAAGACCGGGAUCGUGACAAGGAUCGCGAACGAGAGAAAGACAAAAAACGGGCUAGCAAUGAGGGCAUUAAAUCGAAUGGAAGUGGUUCAUUCCAUUCGGCAAUGAUGUUACAAGGCGGUACAGGGGGUUCACUGCUUUCACAUCCGCCACCAACAACUGUCGCGGCGCCGAAAAGCCAAAACGUCAACAAGAUGCAACUCUUAUCGAAUAAUAUGAAUCAGCUCUUCGGAGAGUCGAAUGAUGAUGAUGAUGAUGAUGACUAUGAUGAUAAUCAAAGUGUUAAUCAAAAAAAUUAUAAGGAUUAUCAUAAAAACAGAGUUAAUAACACGGACUCCUCGUUCGCAUACGCAUCCACGUCCAACAACUCUGCGGGUUCUGUGCGUAAAAACACCGAUUACGGGCAAAAAUAUUCGCAAACACAUCAUAUGCAACGAUGAUAAAUGCAAUCAUCACGUAAAAUUGUUUUAAAAGAGGCGUUACACUUGGCAGGACUGGCAUAUACAUGCUGCACGUACAUAAGUUGGCUUGCAAAAUAUUUCACACACUUUACGUACAUUAAGCUGCUACAUACGUAUAAGAAAACAAACGAAUAAAUUCUACAAAAACAAAAAACCAAAAAAAAAAAAAGAAAGUAAACUAUAAAAACGUGCAGAAUUUUUAAUUUAAUGUUCGGCCAAGGCACUAACUUCGCCAUGAAAUAAAAACACAGUGAAACAACAA